AUGGCACUAUCAAGGUAUCCAAACAUUGUGCCAAUCAACAGGGAUACUACUAAGUGCACAAAGUGUGCGACCACAUAUGAUGCUCACGAGUACCCACGUCUUCUGACAUGUCUUCAUGGAAUUUGCAGGUCAUGUUUAGCAGAUCUCAGCAUUUUGGGCCAAGAACUAAAGUGUCCUGUCUGUGACGAUACAACAUAUAUAAAAGACAGUAGAGCUGCCCUUUCUCUCCCAGAAGACUGCUUCACUAUCAAGGUCAUCCUGUUUUUAGAACUUAAAGAUUCCAAGGGAAAGAUAAAGUGUACUGAAUGUCCCAAGCAGAACAACGCCAUUUCCAGAUGUAUUGAUUGCCGCAUGUACAUGUGUGACAUGUGUAAACUUUAUCAUGAGCGUUUUUCUAAAUACUUCUCAGACCAACACGUAGUCGUUGCAGUGGCGGACCUCUUGGAAAAGCCACAUACCAUCUUCAAUGAGAGCAAGCUAUGCGAAUACCAUUGGAUAAAGGAAACACUCUACUGCAAGACAUGUGAAGUGCCCAUAUGUCCAUCAUGCCUGAAGCUUACCCACGCAAGGCAUAUUGCAUUAGACAUCAACAAUCCACAUGGUAAGGCAAUAGCUAAAGUGUCAGAUAUCAAUGCAAAAUUGACCAAAGAUCAAGAGAACAUAAUGUCAUCUCAACGUGGUAUUAGUGGCAAAGUCGAAGAUUUCAACAUAAAGAUAGCUAACAAGGUGAACGAUAUUGAGGAAACGUUCCAUUCGGUACUUAAAACAUUAGACGAACGCAAAAGGUUCCUUCUUUGUAAGGCUCAAGAGGCGGCUGAUGAAGAACUUCAGAUCAUCCGAAGGAAGAAGUGUGUUAUGGGGGCGAGACUGAAGAGCUCCAAAAAUGCUUUAUCCAAGAGUGAAUCAGUUCUCCAAGAAUGCGCACCAGCUGAUGUAUUGACCAUGAAGGAUGUCAUCAAGUCAAGGAUGAUUCAGCUGGAGAAUGAAACUGCACUGGUCUUCAUCAUUAAGAACUUACGCCUUCACGGGACAGGAUUUGAUAAAACUGAAAAAUUAGUAUCCAAGCUGUGUGACGUGUCAGACUAUUUGAAAUCACCAGCAAGACCGAAACCACGGCCUACUGACUAUCGUACUCUGAUGGCAGUAUGA